AUGUCACUUAAAUUAAGAAAUCUUCAACUAAGAUAAGGAAUUGAAGAUCCUUGCCCAAGGGAAGGACAUACUCUAACAUAUAUUUCUUCUCUUAACAGUUUGCUAUUGUUUGGAGGAUAAUCUGAUUAAAGAUUAAAUGAUUUGCAUUUUUUAGAUUUAAAAACAUUGUAGUGGUGUAAAUAGAAUUCAACAGGAUAAGCACCUCUCAUGAGAUGUUAUCAUACAGCUUUUUAUGAUGAUUAGUUGGAUUACUUUUUUAUUUAUGGUGGGGAAGGAGAUAAAGGAAGAUCCUAUGAGGACAUAUAUUGCUUAUAGAUUAAAACUCUAAUAUGGAAAAAAUUUUUUUUGAAUCAAAGUUCUUCAAGGCAUCAACACACUUUAUGCGAUAUGUUAAAUGACUAAAAGGAAUUAAUUGUAUUUGGUGGUAUUUCAUUACCUCAGAAUAAGCUUUUAAAUGAUGUUUGGAUAUUUAAUUACUAAAAUAUUGAUUUAAAUCAGAGUUUACAACCUGCUACAGGAAUGUAAUGUACACCUAAAUAGACAAAAGGAGACAUUCCUUCUCCUAGGAGAGGCCAUUAGGCUUUUGUCUACUAAAAUUUCAUGUAUAUUUUUGGAGGAAAAUGUAAGGAUUAAAAAUAUGAUGAUUUUAGCAUUUACUAGCUUGACCUCAAGAGCUUUUUUUGGAAGAAGAUUCAGACUAUAGGCUAAAGUCCCACUCCACGUUCCUUUUUUAGUCUUAACUACAUAGAUGAAACAAGAAUAAUUAUAUUUGGAGGAUAGGAAAAUAAAACUAAUAAUUCACUUAAUGAAAUUUAUCAGCUCAAUUUGGAGGAUUUUUAUUGGAGCCAGCCAUUCCUAGGAGAUAUAAAGAUAGAACCAAGAUACAACCACUCUUAUGUGACUUUUCCAUACAUAAACUAACCUGCUAUAGGUAUUAUGGGUGGUUUAUCACAUAAUUUAUUAGAUAUGAAGCUGUAUUUAUUACAAGAAGAUAAGACAAAUGUUAUCAAUUUUAAAAUCGAUUAGAGCUCAAAUUAUUUUUCAUCUAACUCUUCUAUAAAAGCAAAUGAGCUUGAUAAAUACGAAACUGGGAAAAGCUAAAGUUUAAAAAGUUAAGAGGCUCACAAUCAUAACAAAAAUAAUUAAAAUGAGAUCAACUUUAAUAUAGAAAAAUAUAUUGGCUCAGGUUUUGAUAAGUAGUAAAACAAUAACAUGAUAAAUAAAAAUAAAGCUUAAAGUAAUCAAAAUGAAAUAAACUUUAAUAUUCAAAGCUUCAUAGGUAAAGGAUUUGAAAAAUAAACUAAUUAGUAAAUAAAUUAAAACUAUAACCAGAAUGAAAUCAAUUUUAAUAUCGAUCAGUAUUUAACCAAUCCAAUUCAUACUAACUAAAAAGAUACUUAAGAAAUAACAAAUAAAAAUCAAUUUUAGAAUAAUUAAUUUGAUGGUAAAUAAGAAGAGUUAAAUUUAUAAAUAAAUGAGUUAGACUAAUAAAUGUAAGAAUUAGAGUAGCUUAUUAAGUAAGAGGAAGAAAUAGGAGUUUAAAUUGAGUCAGAAAUGAAUUAAAUGCAAGCCCAUUUAGAAUAAGAGAAUACAAAUAGUGGGUUUGCUUAAAAUAGUUAGAUGCAAAUUUUAAAUUAACAACUUUAAAUACUUGAUAAUGAAUACUACAGCUUAACUUAAGAGUUAGCUAAUUUUUUUUUCCUAUACAACCAAGAAAAAGAGUUCUCAAAAACAGUUUAAGGUAUCAUAUAAAAGUUUGAACCAUUAUUAUAGGGUUAAAGCUAAUACACAAUGUCUUUGGAUUCUCUAUUUUAAUUAUUAGUGAGCGAUAUAGAUCCUUAGGAUGAAUAGGAGCUUAACUUACAAGAAUUGCUUUAAUCAUAUAAAGAAACAAGUAUCUAGCAAAAAGAAGAAUAAAAAGGAAACUUUAUAAAUCUUAAAAAUAUUUAUCUUUAAAUUAACUCAUCAGUAAAUUUAUGUGAGGAUUAAAUUGAAAAUUUGAGGAAAGAGGCGUUGGGAAUUAAUAAGCACUUUGAAAAAUUCUUUUUAGAUACAGAAAAUAAUACAGAAGACUCGUUAAAAAUUAAAAAUAAUAAAUAAGAAAAUAAAACAAACACUAAAACUAGCAAUUUGUAUAAAAUAGUAGCUGAUUUGUCAAAAAAAAAAACAUACAAGCAAAAUCAUUAAAAAUUAUCUAUGAGUCAAAGCCCUCAAGAUAUCAAGAAGGAAUUUGAAAAAAAACUUCUUGAAGAUGAACCAAACUUCAAAAAGUCAUCCAAUUUUGAUGAAGAAAAUAAACCUGCUUCAAAAAAAUAGGUUAAUUAGAAAAAAAAUAAGUAGGUCUCUAUUGCUGAAAGCCGCGCUACUGAUAUUAGUAUCAAAAGAUCUUCUUAAGAUGAAGACGAAGAGGAAUCUGAAAGUGAAGACUCAUCUGCUCAUCGUGAAUCUGCUAUUUAUGACUUACCUGAUGUUUCUCAUGUCUCAAAAGGAGUUCUUUGCAAACUUUUUGUUGCCUCUGCAAUUGCUUUAAUUUUCUUAAUUGCUGAAGUUGUUGGUGGUAUAAUUAGUGGAUCUUUAGCUAUUCUCAGUGAUGCUGCCCAUAUGUUUUCAGACUUAAGUGGUUUCUUUAUUUCUAUUAUGUCUAUUUGGAUUGGAACUCGCCCCGCUUCAAAAAAGCUGUCAUAUGGCUAUCACAGAGCAGAAGUUAUUGGAGCUUUAGGUAGUAUAGUCUUAAUUUGGGGUUUAACCAUAGUCCUUUUAUAUGAAGCAACUGAUCGUAUUAUCAACAAAUCGAUGGUAACAGAUCCUUUCUUUAUGUUAAUAACUGCUGUUUUUGGACUUGUUUGCAAUAUAGGAAUGGCAAAAGUAUUACAUAGUGCUCCUGGUCAUAGUCAUUCACAUGGUGGAUGUAGCCAUGGCCAUAGUCAUGGACCAAGUGACUCAAAAAAUAAAUCUAAAGGCCAUAGUCAUGACCAUGAUCAUGAUCACGACCAUGACCAUGACCACGAUCACGAUCACGAUCACGACCAUGACCAUAACCAUGAUCACGAUCACGACCACGAUCACGAUCAUGACCACGACCAUGAUCAUGAACAUAAGCAUGAAGAAAAUAAAACAAAAAAAUAAAAGAAAAAUAAAUCAAAAGCUAAUAAACAUAACCAUGAUCAUGACCAUGACCACAAUCACGACCAUGACCAUGACCACGACCACGACCAUGAUCAUGACCACGGAAAUGGAUAAAAAAAGAAAAAAAAUUUAUCAAAUAUUAAUGAACAUGAAAAUUACAAUUUGAGAGCUGCUAUGAUUCAUGUUAUUGGUGAUAUAAUUUAAUCAAUCGGUGUUGUUGUAGCUGCAUUACUCAUUUACUUUUAUGCUAAUACAGAUGAAUAUGAUUACUGGCAUUUAGCUGAUCCUAUUUGCACUUAUUUGUUCUCUAUUUUAGUCCUCUUUACUACAGUAAAAAUCGUAAAGGAUUGCAUUACUGUAUUAAUGGAAGGAACACCUUAAGAUAUUGAAAUAAAGGACUUUAAAGAUUAACUUUUAGCUAUAGACAAGGUAGUUUAAAUUCAUGAUUUGCAUAUUUGGUCUUUGAGUAUUGGCAAGCCAUCAAUGAGUGUUCACAUCUUUGUAAAUGGUGAUAAAGAAUAAGUACUACGUGAAGCAACUAAGAUUUGCAGAUAGCAUGGUAUUUAUCAUUCUACAAUUCAAAUUGAAGAUUGGGAAUCAAGAGAAUUACCAAACUCAAUUAGAUGUCAUCAUAACAUACAUUAUUGA